AUGACUCUCCUACAUUCUGUCCUCUCCGCAACCAAUUUUCGCAGUCCGUUUCUGAGAAAUCUUGUUCCUUCAAUCGGUCUUGCGUUUGGAAUCCAGGCGAUCGUGGCCAUUCCUUCUAUCCUCGCAAAGUCCGAACGGUUCUACGAUCUCUCUGGCUCUCUGACAUACCUCUCAUGCACUGCGCUGGGUCUGUAUCUACCCGCUAUACGUGCUCGCUCUGCAGCUACUUUGGCGGGAAAGGCUUUACCGGCAUGGCCUAGCUUAUUAAGUGCUUUCAACGGCACAUCAGGACUUUAUGGCUUCAACUGGAGACAAGUGGCUCUCAGUGCUGCUGUGAGCCUCUGGGCCUUUCGACUUGGAACUUAUUUAUUUACACGCAUUCUAUCCUCGGGCGAAGAUUCUCGUUUCGAAAACAUCCGCGGUUCCCCUCCCAAAUUCGCAAUGGCUUUCUUCGUCCAAGCUGCCUGGGUAUUGCUCUGCCUCAUGCCAGUUCUGGCUGUGAGCUCAUUACCGGCAUCAACAUUUACUGCUCUCGGAGGAUUAGUCUCGAUCACCGACAUUAUUGGCUUCCUCCUCUACAUCGGAGGAUUCAGUUUUGAGAUCAUAGCCGACGCACAAAAGAGUCGGUGGUCGCAAGAGAAGAAAGAGAAGAAACACGACGAGGAUUUCCUGACCCGUGGGCUAUGGAGUAAGAGUCGACACCCCAACUAUUUUGGUGAGAGCACAUUGUGGACGGGCAUCGCCACAUUGGCCGCUGGCGUCCUCGCUUCGGAUGCUGGUGUUGCUGGGAUGGGCCUUGCAGGUGGUCUUCCUGGAAAGGCGAUCGCUAUUCUGAGCGCCGGAGUCAGUCCUGCCUUUGCUACUUUCUUGCUUCUCAAAGUUUCCGGGGUGCCUCUGAGCGAGAAGAAGUAUGAUCGGAGAUACGGUGAUCGAGCAGACUAUCAGAAAUGGAAGAAGAAGACGCCCAUGUUCGUCCCGAAGCUGUGA